GAGGUCAGGUUGAAAGAUCAUUAUUACAUUAGCCUUGAAUCAAGUCCUCCGUCUCGCGCUUAAUACGUGGAUUAUGUGUCUUCGAUGCCCUUGCCCAUGCGGUCGUCCCAACCGACCUUAUCGUCCGUGGACCUUGCUUUUGGUCGUUAUCUUAUUUGGAAUGGUGAACCUCUCGCAAGCUCAAUCUGGAAACAACUUGGCUGGCGUUUUGGGUCUUCCGGGGACCCGCUUUCCUCCCAGGCAACAAUUUGGAUGCGAAUGCUCUGAUUUCAAAUGGAACUCUCCUACCGGCUCUAUUGUUGGCAAUUGCAUCACCCGUGACAGUGCAGACCGAAGACUGUUCUGCUAUUUGAAUCAACCUAACAAUUGCCCGGAUGCGACACCCUCUCGGCAGUUCUGUAACAUGGCCGUGACCAAAAUAGGAUGCGCUGGAGGCGGCGCCACACCUUUCUUUUCUCGGCAAGGUCAAAGUGCAGGACGAUUAAUGCAAAUGGUCGAUGAAGAGGAUGAUGAUGGUAUUGGUGGACGAUCAUUAAAUCUGGAAGAUUCUUCCAAUGCCCUGCCAACUGAUGUAUACUAAAUUUUAUGAAACUACAGACUCUAUUUUAGUAGAAAUACACGAAUUUUAAAUUUA